AUGAUUGGUUGUCAUUUAGACAGUGUUCGUCAAACAUUAUAUCAUUAUAUGUCUGUUUUAUUGUCAUAUAGACGCAGUGUAUCGGCAAUGAAUUGUUUAUCAAAAGAUAUCGUUGAACUGGUCGAUUUACCUGAUGAAUUAAUUUUAAUUAUUAUGAACAAAGUCAAACCUAAAGUGCUAUUGCUUUGUUCUAUUAUCACUAUUGGUAAUAAUCGUUUAGAAAAACUUGUACUUGAUAAAUGUGAUUCAAUUGAUUUAACUUUUGAUUAUUUUCAAUCACCAUAUAAAUGUCUUAUUCAACGUUUUUAUUCACAUGUUAUGCCCUGUAUCAUUAAUAAUAUUCAAUCAUUAACAUUAAACAUUCAACAUAUUCCAAACGUUAGUAUUUUUGCUAAAAGAAAUUCUAAUGGAAUUCUUCCGAACUUGACACAUUUGAAAAUAAUGAUGGGUAGGCAAAAUCCUAAAACAGGCACUCCUUACACAUUAGGUAACAAUCUUUACGGUAUUUCACGGUAUAAUCCUCUCUUCUCAAAUAUACCUCAAUUUGUUAUAAUGAAUAAGAGCAGUUCUGCUCGCAUCCUAUCUACAUUUCUUUGUUCAUCAGUUAUGCAUUCUAUUGUAUCGUUUGAAUUAGAUGAUGAUUGUAUUUUACUAAAUAUGUUUAAUGAUGAUAGUUUAUUUUUCCAUGAAUCAAUUCAUCUGACUCAUAUCCGGAUAACAUUGUAUCGAUUUGAACAUUGUAUUUGUUUACUUAAUCGAUUAAACUCACAAUUAUGUUCAUUCACUGUGAACAUUAUGUUUGUUUCUUUACCAAAUGUUGAUAUUUUAUCUGAAAUUAAAUCGAUUUCAUGUCCCAAUUUGAAACAAUUGACAAUAACAAGUUAUCGCACUAUUACUGAUUAUGAAGAGUUUUUUCUUCCAGUUCUACAACGUUUAUCAAAUGUUGAAUAUUUAACAUUAUUAUUAGUUGUUGGUCUUGAAGGGAUUCGACCCAAUCAUUUUAUCGAUGGAUUUGAUUUGGAGAAAAAUAUUAUUUCAUAUAUGCCUCAUUUACGCGAAUUUCAUUUUCAUAUUCGUUCAAUAUUAAAAAACUCUUCUCAUGUAGAAAUCAAAACAAUUCGUCAAAGUUUUAUUCAAUAUCAACAACAAUCGGUUGAUUGUGUAAUCGAUUAUUUCCAUGAUAACUAUGGUCAAUGUCAAAUUUAUUCACUUCCAUUUAUAGGUACUCGUCUUGACUUUAUUUCAAAUCGAUUUCCACUCUUUGAUACUAAUAAGACAUUUUCAAUGGUUACCAAAUUGUUACUUUACGAUGAUAUUCAACCGUUCGAAAGUAGUUUCUUUGAACGUGUCUCUCGAGCUUUACCUCAUCUUAGAACACUCGAUGUAAUGAAUGGACUUGAACAGCAAGAGAAAGAAACAACAACAACAAAUAAUCUUGAAUUUAUUAAUUUAACUACUCUGAUUUUAUUCGACAUUCAUUUGGAUUAUGCUGAACAAUUACUUUGUCGAACUCAUCUUCCUUGUCUAGUUGAACUUGCUAUUGAUAAUGACAUAUUAUUAGAAAUAAUGACUCGAGAUCAACAACAGGCAAAAGAUAAUUGUUCUAGAGUAGAAACUCUACGAACUUGGAAACCAUUCUAUCAUUCAGUAGAUGUACUUGAAAACUUUUUUCCACCAUAUUCCUAUGUCAAACAUCCGGACGAAGAAAAGAUGAAAAAUAAAUGA